UAGAUUUUCCAUCUUUUUAGUUCCUACCUUAGACAAGGCUUUAGAUAAAAUGGAAGAAGACUGGGUUCUCAUCGACAGCGAUCCGCAAAAAUUUUUUGAGAUGAUGAUAGAAACGCUACAUGACAAACUUGUUCAGAUUAAGGACAAAAUUCAAGAUUAUUCUCCCGAAGACUUGGACAAAUGUGAGCAGUGGGUAAUACUAAUUAACGUUCCUUGUACCAUGAGUGACAUCAACUCUGAAUAUGUACCCACACAACUCAAAGAAAAGACUGAAAGUGUGUUUGAUUUACUGGAAUCGCUACAAAACUCCAUAGAGAAAUACAAAAGACGAGGAAAAGUCCAAGUUGAACAGGAGGCAAUUAAGAAGGAAAUAAACAAGAACGAAAAACUACAAUUUCGACUGGAACAGUUAGACCGGCAAAUACAGCUGUUUAAAACGGAAGAAGAACGUCUAAAAGAAAAGGUUUCAACUCUUGAGCUACAAAAGGAAGGUCUACUUACCAGAUUAAGCCAAGUUGCGGGUCUAAAGGUGUACGACAACAAUCCAAACAUACAGGACUUAUCAGAUACUAAGAGACCAAUGAAGCUAGCAGAGGCUUUUGGAGAACUGUACGACAAUGAGUGGACCAACGCGUUGGACGAGCUACUGAAUCAGAAUGCAACAGAAAGAGUGGCUAUUGAUCAGCUAACAAAUACUUUAAAAGUAUCUUCACAUAAAAUUAUAUUUUGCCAAAAUAAACUUCCGAAUCUCUAUUCCACCAUGUGUCUCAACAAAUCAUUUAUAGAAAAAACUAUUUAGAAAACAUUUUCCAAACAGAACAAAACCAAUGUAUCUAUAUGUUAAGGAAGUUAUGCUUUAAUAAGAUAUCAUAUGUUAUGCCAGAUUGAAUCCAGGGUUAAACCAUCAUAU